AUGGAGAGUCUCCCAUUUGAUGGUCUUGAUGAUUUGUUGUUUGACAUGUAUAAGAAGCAGGUUUUAAAGCACCUGAGAACUAAGAUGACCCCUAAUAUGGUGAGGACCUUGCAAAGGAUUAAGGAAGAUGCUGCUUCAAAUGACGAGCAGCAGUGCCAAUCUGAGUCUCAGUCUCAGGUUGUUUUGGCGAAUCAGCACUGUGUUGUGAUAGCUAUGGUAAUCGCCUACCAUCCAAGGUUUCAAAGAAAAGGAAGCAAGGGGGGGUCAGCCUUGCUGACUGAAAGUGGAGGCACCAAGGAGGAUCUUUAG